AUGAUUGAAGGAAGGACUAAUCAAGAAAGAAAGGAAAAUUCUGAAAUAAAGAAAGUUUUUGUGUACAGUGGAAAAAAAGUGUGUAUAUACUUACAGUUCGCAGGAGCUUCACACGAGUUAGUUGAUGAGUUCUUUUCACUGAGGAUGGAUGCAAAUACGAGUGAGCCGGGCUGUUCAUCAUCCGAAAAAAAGAUUAUAAAAUGUAAUAGAAGGCAUCAAGAUGACACCGACACUGAUAAUGAGGAUGAAUUAAAGCAGCAUGAAAUACCCAAAUCAAAACUGUCAACAUCGAUUUAUGAAUAUUUGGUCCUCAUAUCAAUCAUUUUGAUCAUAUUUGCUGCAUUCAGAAACUCCGUUACAUGGCAUUUGCAAGUCUUUUGGAACAGAAGCGCUGACUUGUGGCAACACUUAUGGGAUCAAUUCUUGGACUAUGCAGGCGAGGAAGAAUUCAAUUUGUUCGUUUGGUGGACAACGAUUUACACAUUCUUCAUCUAUUGGACAUUCGGUGCAAUAUAUACCUUACUAGAUAUAACAAAUAAACCAAAAUUAUUAAGAAGAUAUAAAGUUCAGCCGAACACAAAUGAACCACUUGACAAGAAAAAAUUAUAUAAAGUUAUUCUUCAAGUCCUCUUCAACCAGACAUUUGUUGGAAUUCCGUUUGCAAUUCUUUCAUAUUAUGCCAUGAAACUUCGAGGAUUUCCAGACAUUCGUGAACUUCCUACUUUCCACUGGGUUCUUUUUGAACUCGGAAUAUGCAUUUUAGUCGAAGAAUUCGGAUUUUACUAUUCACACAGGUUCCUUCACAGCAAGCACGUUUACAAGUACAUUCAUAAGCAGCAUCAUGAAUGGACGGCUCCUGUUGCUGUAACAGCUAUUUAUUGUCAUCCUAUUGAGCACAUCUUUAGCAACAUUUUGCCACCAUUCCUUGGCGUUUUCAUCUGUAAAUCACAUCUAGCGACAUCAUGGCUAUGGUUCACAAUGGCAAUAUUAAGCACAUUAAAUGCGCACAGUGGAUAUCAUUUUCCGUUCUUUCCGAGUCCAGAAGCUCAUGAUUUCCACCAUUUAAAAUUCAAUUACAACUAUGGAAUGCUUGGAUUAUUGGAUCGAGUACAUGGAACAGAUUCAUUAUUCAGAAGAUCACCGCAAGGAUCAAGACAUUUAAUGCUUUUAUCAUUCAUACCCGCACACGAGCAAUUUCCUGAAAAACCAAAAAAGUCUUCAUAAAAGGAUA